AUGAACGGAGCAACGGAUAAGAUCGCCACGCGGCUGCUUGCCUGGCUCAUCCUAAUCAUCACACCGGUUAGCUCCACGUUUUUACAAUGGCAGCUUUGUGAUGAUAGCCGUGGGAGCGGAGCUAUUCCUUUUGGGAUGAGCGCGAGUCUCAUCAGCUCAAGCGAUUCAGCGUCCUCACAGCUGGUGCUCGGUUUGGCACGGCAUCAGAGUGGAAUAACCUGUCGCGAUACCCAGGGCGCCAUCAGUGACGACGAAGCCCUGGCGGUGACAGUAAAGCUGGAUUGGAUAGGGCUACGGCAACCCAAGACUUUCAAAAAAGACAGGAUGCGGCUUGAAUGCAAGGAUUUUACUGAGAACAACCGUCCCGCUUUCCUGCCUAAUAACUCGAGCCGCGUUGAGAUCACGCUCCUAGACGACGAUAUCGGCGUGCUGCCCGCACUCUCGACGCUCCGUGCCGAAGCUUAA